GAGCAUAAUUGUCAUUACACAAACCCACCCGACACGAUGCCCAUCAACUAGCAAAACACCUCUUUCCCGGCGAUGCGUCAACGAUAUCCCAAUACAAAUUCGCCGCCCGAACGUCUCCCCGCUCAUUCGGUAAUCGCCGACGUCCGAUCCCUCCUCCCACGUGUUAGUUUUGCGAGUGAGUUAGGUGCUAUGGGUGAUGGUCCUCGAGGAAUACAAGUGUUUCCAGAUCAUUUUACUGCUUCAGUUUCCAAUGAAGACACUAUUCGAAGCUGCACUCCUGAUUAUGCCACUUCAACUUCUGCCAGUGAAGACCAAUCGAGCCAAACGCUGUCUAAUACAGAUUCGAGGUCCAAAAGCCAUACACGAGCUCGGCGGAAAUUUAAAACUGCUGUAUCACUUUUGAACAUGUUAAGCUUGAGGGCUCUGUCUUUUGGGUUAGGUGAAAAUGAUGAAGACAAGAUUGUGUUAAGUGCUGUGGAGGUGAAAGCACUUCAAUCAGAACUAGCUGCUUUAGACCAACGAGAAUCUCAUUGUAAAGCUCAGAUAGAGCAUAUCAAUGAGAUAUUGAGAUCAGCUCAUUUAUCAGGAUAUCUAUUCUUACGGAUGAGAUGGGCAACAUUUCCUGGAGAACCUCCUCCAGUAGAUGAUGUUGAAGUCGACGAUUGGCUUCCACGCUAUGUUGUCCUCAGUGGGUCUUGUAUCUAUUUGUAUAUAAAGGCAACAGAUAUAAGUCCACAGGACUCAACCCUGCUAUCAGAUGUGGUUGAAGUUGGUCCUCUUCCUUGUGUAACACGAGAAGAUGAUAGGACCGCCCCCACUUUGCUGCAUUGCUUUUACAUCUUAACUCGUUAUGGGCUGCGAUACGAGUGCUCGAGUGCCUCGGAGAUACAGGUGGAUUCUUGGUUAGCAGCUUUGCGAACUCAUUCUUAUUGCAAGAUGACAAGUGAAGAUGAUUAUUAAUACCACACCAUGGCAUGCCACGAAGGAAGGAGGGGGUGAAUCGAAUCGAAUCAAACCAGAUCAAAUAGAAUAGGCUGGAAUGGAUUUGGUUUGCAUAUAUUAUUUUCCUUCAUUUUGGGUUUGUGCAUGGCAUGGGACACUCACUGCACUCCUCCGUUACCAUAUGAUAUCAUUAAUUAAUUACUGAUGUGGAUUCCUUCCUUCCUUGUUAUUAAUAAAUAUAGUACCCCAAGC